GACUCUUUGUUAUCCUUUCGCGUGGAACGAUGGUCCUUAUUAUAUGUAGUUAAUUUUUUAUGGUCUGUCACGUUAAAUGUUUGUAAACAUUUAAAGAAAUUGAUUUAUUUCUUAUUUAUUUAUUUAUUUCAUUCUAACAAAAGUAUUAUGAAAUACACAAUUACAAUAAUUAUGGUUUCGCCAAACUGCUUGACAGCUUGUUGGAGAAAUACAGCACUCUUUACUGAAAAAAUUAUAACUUAUAUCUAUUACGUUAAGAUCUAGUUUGGGUAAAUAAUUAAUUUGGGUGAUUAUUUUUUAAUUAAGUCCAAUACAAAGAAACUUGAAGGAACUGUCAUAAGGUCUAUACCCCAGAAAAUAAGUCCGUAUCUGAGCAUUGAGGAAAUAUAUGCAUGAUAAGCCGUCAAAGCUGUUGAUUAGCCCAUAUUGAUUUUCAGUUUGAAGUUUCAAGGAAAGAUUAUUAACUACAAUAUAUGUAUAUAUAGUUUUUGAUGUUCAUAAGUGGUUUUCAUGUUCAAAUAAUACGUUUGACUUUUGUUCUUAAUGUUAGCUUAAUUUUAACAGUGUCUCAAUCAAGGUCUUUUUUGUUACAGAUUUCUGGAACUACUUUACCGGAACAGUUCAUUCCUAGAACAAUUUGGAACUGUGCGUCAAAUUUAUUUAUCGACGAAUUCAACUGAUGGUGGCGCUUGAGAGUGAGAUUAUGCGAAGGCACGCGAACUAGAGAUGGCGCUGCUGUUUGGAGCCUUGGUGCUGGCUCUAGUGGGGUGUACAGGAUGCACAGACAACACAAACGGCGUGAACACGGACAGUGCGCAAGAGCUGGACUACACGGACGUGGACCUGGGUCUGGCGCAGCGAGGACCACAUUUUGACGUGGCGUACUCCAAGAACGUCACGGCGCUGGUUGGAAAGACGGCGCAGCUUAACUGCAGAGUGCAUGAUCUUGGAAACAGAACAGUCUCAUGGAUCCGACACCGCGACAUCCACCUCCUGACGUCCGGCCGGAUGACGUACACGUCGGACCAGAGGUUCAUCAGCGUCCACAAUCCUCAUACAGAAGACUGGAUAUUGAAAAUAAGGUUCCCGCAGCGCCGGGAUUCGGGCGUCUAUGAGUGCCAAGUCGGCACCACCCCGCCCAUUGGUCACCGGAUGUAUCUAUCCGUCGUUGAACCGCUGACGACGAUCCUGGGAGGUCCAGACCUGUUCAUCAACAUGGGCAGCACCAUCAACCUGACGUGUGUGGUGCAGCACUCCCCUGAGCCGCCUCCGGCUAUUAGAUGGACACAUAAUGAAGAGGAAAUAAACUACGACUCCCCCCGCGGCGGGGUGUCGGUCAUCACAGAAAAGGGGGAGACUACCACAUCCCACCUUUUAGUGCAGCGGGCACGAGUGCCCGAUACUGGCCGUUACACGUGCGCCCCGGCCAACGCCAAUCCGAAAUCCGUGCAAGUGCACGUUCUUAGUGGAGAACACCCAGCAGCAAUGCAGCACGGUGGCCAGCUGCGUCUGCAGUACCCGCUGUCGGCGGCGCUGCUCAGCCUCAUCGUCACCCUUAUGGGAUGCUAGCUAGACGGAGCUAGACGUAUAAUGGCCUGAAUGCUUUUACUGAUAUUUGACUUGUUUCGACUAGUCCAAACCUACUUCAAUGUAAGGUGCGGUAGGUACCGAGAGAAGUGAAACCGUACCGCUUUAGAUUACGAUAUGGUUACCAAAAAUGUAAUAAGCAAUCUUGAGGAUUUUUGCUUAUGGCUUCAGCGAUUCGAAUCCUGAUU